CACUUUUUUUUCUUUUUCUUCUUUUUUCUUCUUCUUCUUUCAUCUUUGCUCAAUUCAAAAUCAAAACCAUAAACCUUUCGCGUAACCACACACAGCGUCGGAUUGCUCCUAUCUCUUUAUGUACUAGACUAGUUGUACAGUGCUUUAUGCCGCUUGGCCGCCUACUACUAUUUACCUAGGUACCUACCUAGGUACCCCGUACAACACGACGUUUCAUUCGCUGGAGUGAUCCCAUCCAUCCAUUUGGCCACCAGCACCAAGGCGGGCAACAAGCAGCAGGCCGCACCCACCCAGAACCGAUCGAACCUACUCCACUUCUUAGGCGGAGCUUGAGGUCCCCACGUCUUCCCACUGGGCUUGAAUUGACAGCGCGCGCACGGUCUGACUGAGCCUUGAACGGAAUCAACGACAACCCGCCGUACCUUGAAGUGAAGACUUGUCCAUAACCAGGCAAAAGCUUUGCUGCUAUUUGUUUCCCUUCAAUUAUUCGAUCGCUCUGCCCAUCACUUAUCGACAAAAAGAGAGGGUGAAGAUUCUGGCUACUUGAAAAGGCAACAUUUGUCUCAUUGUUAGACUCACUCAGCGCGGGCCGAGGACCAACGUCAAAGCAAACGAGCAUCAAAGUUCGUUGCCGUGCGUGGCCACACCCGGCUGGGUGAGAUGCCGCUGCCGCAAUAAUCACCCGCAGCCGCAGAUAAUCAUCGAGGGAUUGGUGAGGAGAGAGACAGGACCGAUCGAUCGAUUGAGCAGAUCACACCCGACUCGCCAUGCCGCCACUGCACCUGUCGGAAGAGCCCCCCGCUGCGAUUCCAUGGAUGCAAUCUUCGUCUUCCGUGCCUGAUUUGCAUCCAUCCGGCGGCGCGCGACUCGAAUCGACAUCCCCCAACGGUCUCGGCAGCAGCGGCUCCUCGGACGGCGGCCGUUCCGCUCAGAAUACAACUGUCACCUACAUGCACUCCUCGAGACCCCGGUCAACAUCACGAUCACGACCACGGACCGACGAUGCACUUCCCCAGGCGCAGGGUAAACAGGUUUGGAGUCCAGAUGACGACGACGAUGAGGAUGAUCAGUCAGAUCAUGGCGUGCCCCUGCAGUACUACAGCCCACCCGACCACACCGCAAAUGCUGUGGGAAACAUGGAAGAUGAAGAGGACGUAGCGCCACUGCCAGCCUCGCCACCUGCCGACCAUGAUGAUAACAUUGACUUGGUCAUCUCUGCAACACAUAUGAACUCGCCGGACCAUCCUUCGAUGUCAAUACCUGAAACCGACUAUUACCCAUUCGGACUUCCCGGCGGUGACGACGGCGAAUCCAUCAUCGACCCAGAUUACAUGGAUGUAGUAUCUAUGCUCAACAACCACGAUGUCGACAUGGAUAGCGAAGAUGAUGACCAUGCGGUUGGAUCUCCUCACCAGUUCCAGUCCAUGUUUUCGACCGCAGUUCCCCCUCCGUCCUUACCUCCAUUCGGCGAUGUAUUCGGGGAGUUCCUAGCGGCGCCCGAGCUGCCUCAUUUCUCCAACCCGGGCCCGCCUCUCAUAGGCGCAGGUGGGGCUUCGAACUCUUCCAUGCCAGCCAGCGUCUAUCAAAUCGACGAAGCAGAAUACCAGGCAGCAAUGAACAUAGUGGGGUUCGAACUGGGCUCAAUAAGCCCUAUUUUGGCGAUCUCAGGGGCUGGCCAGCCGCUUGGCGCACCCAUUUACCUCCCAGUCUUUGAGCAUUUGCUCACCAACGGCAACCUGCUGGCGCCGACCAACUUGGGGCUAGAUGCCUUUGUGUCCCGCUGGGCGCGCCAGGCCCGCAGUGGUAUGCGAGCCCACGGACCUCGAAGCAAGGUACCCCAGAUAGACAAUGCCCAGAAGCAGUGGAAACGAGAUGCCUUCUACGUCGAAUACAAAGACCUCAAUGGCGACAGGUGUGACAUGCAGGGUGUUGACUGGCAAGACAUGGGCGUCACGAGAAAUGAGGCCCGGGAACGGAGGUUGUUGACAUACCACAAUUUCGUCAACACCAAGGGCGCAGAUAUAUGGAGGCCACACUUGCCUGAUGUCGUACUGCCCAAGACCGAUAAUUUCUUUCGGUUCAGGCGCAUGGAGAUUCAGAAGAAUACCCACCUGGCCCAUUUUCAGCUGCGCAAUCUGACUGCGUGCACGUCUCGAAGCAAAGUUUUCUACACUGGCAAGGGCGUUGUUCAUCAGUACGAUCCCGUCUCCGGGAAGACUGAGGUUGCCCUGAAUCAACAGGAGAGCACCGAGGUGCCCAUUGCGACCAUCGACGCCGCGCAUGGUGUCCUAGUGAGCGGCAAUUUCAACGGGGAGUAUGUUGUGCGCAAUCUGAAUGGCGAUUAUGAAGGUGAAGAGCAGAAACAGACAUGGGGUACAUUGACUACCAGCCCGUCUGCCAUUACCAACCACGCACAGGUCGAGAAGCCACGUCGAUCCAAUGUUCCACACGCAUACUUCGCCUCAAAUGAUGCAGGCUUCCGCGUCCUGGAUAUCGCUACCGACACCAUUGUACAUGAGACAAUGUUCCCCUUUCCCAUCAACUGCAGCGCCGUGUCACCCGACUCCCAGCUGCGGGUUAUGGUGGGCGAUCACCAGGACGUUCUUGUCAUCCCCGCCGAGGGGGGCCGCAUUCAGUUCCGGGCAUCGUCGGGCCGGCGUCAUGGCGAGGAUGGAGGCAUCAAGAUAGAGCCUGAGCAAACGUUGAGGGCGCAUCGCGAUCACGGGUUUGCGUGCGCAUGGGCUGACGACGGCUGGACGGUAGCGACAGGGUUCCAGGACCGCGUCGUGACAAUAUGGGACGCUCGCAGCUGGCGCAGACCGUUGGCCAGCAUCCGGACAGAAAUGGCAGGUUGUCGGUCACUCCGCUUCAGUCCAGCUGGGUCCGGCCAACGCGUGCUGGUUGCAGCAGAGGAGGCUGACUUUGUGAACAUCAUCGAUGCCCGCACCUUCGAGACCAAGCAGACUGUCGAUGUCUUCAGCGAGAUUGGUGGUGUUGCGUUCGAACCCGAGCAGGGCCGCGAGCUGUUUGUGUUCUUGCCCGACAGCACCCGUGGUGGUAUUUUACAAUUGGAGCGGUGCAUGGACGUCAAUGGGUCUGCGGACGAGGUUGAGCAAUACAGACGCGGCCCGCUGCAGGCGAGAGAAGUUGUGAAGAGCGGCGGCGACGGCAAACCUAAUUCAAAGUUGGUCUGGCCGGGUAGCUAUGGAAAUUAUCGGGGGCGUGGGUAUGCCUCAAGACGUCCAUGGGACCGAGAGGCCGGCCUGGAAUCCGCAUCGGAUGCUACUGCACUGCCAUACGACUGGCCCCAGGAGAACAUAGCCUUUUCGACGCGAUGGAGCCGGCAGGCACGCGCCAGAAGAAGGAACAUCAGCGCUGCUCUCGACGGGCAAGCAUUUUUCUAAAUAUACCGCCAGCCAAGAGGCCGCUGCACUGUGGUGUGAUACAGUGGUGGUCUUAGUAGUGUUGAGGAGGAGGAUUAUGAUGACGGCUUUUUUUUUUUUUUUUUUACUUUUCUCACCGAAAGGUAGACGCGAUAUCUCCUUCCAUUU